CUUAAAGUGACUGAUUUCUUUAAUACCGAUAGCUAUAAUAAUGAUCAGUUUUCGGUUUCGUUUACAGCAUAGUUUCAUUUCUCGGACGUAUACACGUUAUUAUGCAAUAUUCUGGUCCUGGACUCGCCCUAGCAAAACUGAAUGAUAUAUAUUUAUGUAGGAUGAGGCCAAAACGCAGCGACAGGUUUCCGCUGAUCACCGAAGGAUUUUAUUCUCUCCGUCUCCAAAAACAAAAUCGUUUCCCAUUUUAUUCUCGUUCGUCCGCAUUGAAGUCUGUUUUUUUUUUCGACCAUAAAGGGGUAAAUUACGAAUAAACAAACCGUGACAGCCGGCUGGCUGGAUGUAGUUCGAGUUGUUUGACUAAUUGCUUAACAAUAACCACAGACUUUGUUAUGGCGAUGCUGCAGUUUGCUUAUUGCUAAGUCGGUUGCGCAGUUAUUUUAUUGCGCGUUUUAAUUUGAGAGCUUUUUUAAAAGCAAGUUUGACUAUUAAGCGUAGACGUGGGAUUAGAUAUAACAGAGUGUAUGGUGUUUGCAGGGCUCCUACGAGGAAUCUGAGCUUGAUGAUCCACAGGAACUUUACCCACUGCGAGCCUAAGUUUUAUUUUCGAGUGGUAGAUAUUUAAUAACUUGGGAUGAACUGUCGGUAACUUUAUUACAUGUACUUAAACGCUGGAAAAAAAAUUGCAGUUAGUUGAAUGUAGAAAAUGUGCAAGCAUUUAUUAAUAGAAUUUCUAGAUUUCGGUCUAAAUAAAACAGUCAAGGACGAGAGCAGCUUGAAAGUAUGAUCCUGAGGAUGUCGGAUGUGGAGCUGUUGAAGAAGAUGCUCAGGGCUGUGUUGCAGUCCAACAAGAAUGGCGUGUCGCUAUCACGGCUGCAAUCCGAGUACAAGUCCCUGACGGGCGAGUUUAUCCCUCACAAGCAGAUGGGCUAUCCCUCGCUGGACAGCUUCCUGAACAGCAUGCCGUCAGUGGUCAAGAUGGAACGUAGCCGGACAGGAGAGGUGGUCUGCUUUGCGGCGGUAUGUAAGGAGACGGCGCACAUCGCCCAGCUGGUGGCCCGCCAACGCAACGCCAAGAAGGCAGGCCGCCCCCUGCUUGUCAACUGCCAGAUGAGGGUGAAGCCAGCGACACCCUUCACGUUAAAUGCCAAGCCGAGGACGUCUCUUCGCCAGCCAGACCACAUGGGUCAUGCUGGACAGGGCAUGCCACGCCUGUCCUUGAGCAGCCGUCUCGGGGGCCCUGGGGACUUCCGACAGGUAUCCACGAGGGACACCCAACAUGACGGGCGGCUCAGCGCUGCCCAGAACAAGGCCCCCCCAAUUCAGAUAAGGAAACCUCCCAUACCGGGUGACAAGUACGACAAGAAGAUAACCCUACCCGUGAAGUUUCAGAAGGAGGUAAAUUUGACCCUGUCCAGGAAUCUUCAGCAGACCAGUGCUCCCUCUAACAUAAACCAGAAUGUCCCUCCUGGGAAGUCCAGACCACUCCAGUCCAGUGGCUACAAUCAGCAGUUGGUCCAGAACCGUCUUAGGGACAUUCUGAAUAAAUACAGCAAUGGAUUCUGGGUGUCGAAGCUGCCUCAGCUCUACCGUGAGCUGUACAAACAGGAGCUGCCGACAGAGGCGCUCAAAGACCUUGAGCAGUGGUCUCAUGUCUGUAUGGUAGAGAAGCCAUGUAGCACCAAUCCGGCAGAGCUGUUGCUCUACCCCGCUAAAGAGGUGCCCAAGACCAGACCCAGCUCAUCCCCAUCUUCGACCCCUUCCCCCAAGCCAUCCCCCACCAUGCGGAAGCAGUCCAGCUCCAUGUGCCCCGGGGUCUCUCCAUCGGCUUCCCCACUGUCUUCUCCCCCGUCGUCCCCCGUGGGUUUAAGCCCGGAUAUCAAGGUCAAGUUGGGCGAGCUGCUAGCUAAGUACAGCAAUGGGCUUUGGGCCAACGCUCUGCCUAAGCUCUUUCAGGAGACUUACAAAAUCCGGUUCCCCGAGCAUGUUCUCGAUGACCUCAGUGUCCUGGAGGACAUCUGCACUGUUGACUAUCCAAUGCCUGACAACCUCAAGAAGGCCAUCCUGUACCCUCUGCGAGAUGUAGACGAAAAUCGGAAUCGCGUGGUGCCAGAACGCAUGUCACAGACGACUCAAGAUGUCCUUCGCCGUCCCAGUGCUGUACCCCCUCUCCUAAUUCCUAAGGAGGAAUACCCAUCUGUAUUGGUGGUGGAAGUGGCCAGCACCGACAGCGUUACUCUCAGAUUUAUUGGUAAGGACUACUCCCAGGCUCAGGAGACCCUGGAGGAUGAGAUGCGGGAGUUCUAUGGUCAGGACACCACAAGGAAGGUCAUGUCAUCUCUGGCUGUUGGUCAGCUGGCUGCCGUCAAGGCUGAAGAAGAGGAGGAAUUCCUUCGCGCACAAGUGUGUGAGGUCAUGGGUGACAAGGCCAAGGUGUAUUAUGUCGAUCAUGGGUUUUCUGAAGUGAUCAACACAGGCAAACUUUUGGACCUGCAUCCAAAGUUCUUCAGACUGCCAUUCCAGGCCACUAAAUGCAAAUUAGCAGGCUUGGAGCCGUUUUGCCAGGAGCCUCCAGUGAUUAAGAAGUUUGAGACCAUGGCCUGUGGAAAGAUCCUCUUGGCUGAGAUCCUGGAGCGGGGGGACACACCUCUGGUUGUGCUAUAUGAUACCUCACAAGAUGAUGAUGUCAACAUAAACACGGCUUGCAUGAGAGCCUUGCAGGACAAGUCUUUGGAGAACACCUUAAAGGUCAACGGCACCCACAUGCACGUCAGCGUGACCAAUGUUUGCUCCGAUGGAACCGUUUAUUGCCAGUUGUCGUCACGUGGUCUUGCCAAGUUGACAGAAAUGUUGGAAAAGAUUGAGGCUUACUUUCACUCCCAGGUGACGUCAGAGUUUCUGGUGUCCAGGCCUUUCUGUGGAAAAUUCUGUCUGGCCCGAUAUAAAGGCAAAUGGUCUCGAGUGGAGAUCACCAACUUGCAUGGCAGCCGUGUGUUGGACAUCCAGUUUGUGGACGUGGGUGUCCCUGCUUCCGUGGAGGUCAUUGAGCUGCGAGAGGUCCCGCCCCCCUUCCUGCGAGAGCUUGUAGCUAUUCCACCUCAGGCUCUGAAGUGCAGUCUGGCUGGGCUGCCCCUCGAGGUGGGCUCCUGGACCCCAGAUGCAGUGCUUUGGUUGAGGGAUGCUGUGCUGGGCUCCACGGAGUGCAGCAUCAAGAUAGCUAAAGUGGAUGAGGCCAAAAGACUAGUGCACAUCUAUUUGUUCACAUCCAAGGACUUUCAUGACACGGGGCAUAGCGUCAACCAGCAGGUCGCUGACAUGGACCUGUGGAAGCAUCAGAAGGAUGUGUUUCUGGGCAGCUGUGGUCCUGCCAAGAAGCCCAGUUGCCCAGCCACACUCCCCGGUGAUGGCAGGGCUAGCCCUCAGCUCAGGAGCAGCCAGCCCGCCCCCGAUCUCCAGCUUCCCCCGCUGCUAGAGCUGCCGCCCUUGGGGCAAAACAUAGACAUGUAUGUGUCUGUGGCCUGCCAUCCGGGCCACUUCGUGCUGCAGCCCUGGAAGGACCAGUACAAGUUGGUGGUCCUGAUGGGAGAGAUGAUCCUGUACUAUAACAAAACUGAGGAGAGGCCAGUCAAUGUGGAGAAGAACCAGAUCUAUGCUGCCAAAGUGGAGAACAACUGGCACCGUGUGCUCGUGAAGGGCAUCCUGACCAAUGGCCUGGUGUCCGUGUACGAGCUGGACUACGGCAAACACGAGCUGGUCAGCUGCACCAAACUGCAGCCGCUCAUCAGCGAGUUCCGCCAACUUCCCUUCCAGGGAAUCACAGCACAGCUGGCUGGAGUAAAACCUCUACAGUGGUCAGAAGAAGCUUCCAUGGUGUUUAGGAACCAUGUGGAGAAGAAGGCACUGGUUGCCCAGAUCGAGGUGGUGCAUGAGGCAGCCCAGCCCUGGGACCGGAAGGUGGUGGCGUACCUGGUGGACACCAGUCAGGAAGACAGGGACAUCUGGGUGCAUGACCUCAUGUCUGAGUUUGCGGAGGAGCUUACCAAGCCAGCAUAACACAGUCUGAGCCCCAUCAGCAGAGUCCUCUUCCUGCACAUGCUGAACUGCAGCUGCAUCUGAGCUCGGCACCUGUAACACAGGAAGUUCAGGCUCUCCCACGAUGUUUCCUGCUUAAUUAAGAGUGUGGAUCCGUUCACAUAGUACUAAACAUGCUAAGAUUAACUCAAUGUUCAAAGUCAUAAAGUUUACAAUAUUUAUAUAUAUAAUAUACAGCUUGUGUUCAUGGAGAUGUAUAAAGGUGGAAAAAAUUCUUUGUUUGCUUUAUACUAUGAAGCCUUUUGACUUCCAGCUGUUUAGUGCUGUUGUGUCUUAAAUUUAUUAAUACAAAACUACAGCAACUUGAAUCUAUUGUGAAACUAAUUUAUGGAUGUUUGGAUAAUAUAGUUCCUGCUUUUCAGGUCAUUGCCUAUUUCCUCGAGGCUUGAAUGGGAAAGGCUGCGUUGUAUUUGAAUUUUCACUGCUUUGUUGAUGUGAAGGGUUUAUUUAAUGGUUGACCGAAUUUCUAGAGUGAAAUAAAAAUAAAGUUUGUGAAAAUA